AUGGAAAAGGAGGCUGUGAGGAACAAGAAGGAUCCCCAGGACACCCGGGCAGAGCUGGUGGUCCAUGAGCAGCUUAAUGAUGAGGAGAAGCGCUACAAGUGCUUGGAGUGUGGGAAGAGCUUCAGGCAGAGUAACCACCUGAUCUGCCACCAGAUGAUCCACACCAGGGAAUGGCCCUACGAGUGUGAGGAAUGUGGGAAAGGGUUCAGCUGCAGCUCCCACCUCAUCACCCACCAAUGCAUCCACACUGGGGAGAGGCCCCACGAGUGUCCCCAGUGUCAGAAGAGGUUUCGGACCAGCUCCAGUCUCCUCCAGAACCAGCAGAUUCACAGAGAGGAGAGGCCCUUCCGCUGCCCUGAGUGUGGGAAGGGCUUCAAGCAAAACUCCCACCUCAUCACCCACCAACGCAUCCACACUGGGGAGGGGCCCUACAAGUGUCCUCAGUGUGGGAAGAGCUUCACCCAGAGCUCUAAGAUGACAAAACACCAACGGAGGCACCACUAA